GAUACCGUGACUCACAAGCGCCUCAUCGCUAUGCGGUACAAGCAGAGCGGCAAAGUCCCUGAGGCCAUCGAGUCGAUCAACACUUACUUGGAGACCUUCAGCACGGACUCCGAGGUGUGGCACGAGCUCGGCGAGCUCUAUGUCGAGUCCGGAAUGCUGCAGCGUGCAGUCUUCUGCUUCGAAGAGCUCAUUGUCCACAAUCCCCGGUCAAUGCCCGCAGCUCAGCACCUGCAAAGGUACAACAUCCUUACGUAUGCAGAGCUGCUUUACUCCACGGGAGACCUCGAGACCAGCAGGAAGUAUUUCAGCUUAGCGGCCUAUCUUGACGGUGCAAAUCUUCGCGCCCUUUGGGGGCUGGUCGCAUGCAAUAUGGCGCUGAUGGAAAAGGACAAGACACGCGAGAAGUCCAAGCAGCUUCAGGAGCUGCAGAAGUUCACCGUGCAAAGGCUACGAUCUGCGCACCUCGGAAGCUGA